AUGACUGAGCUGGAGGAGGGAACAAGGCAGGCGCUGGAGAACCAGCCGCACGCCAACGAGGUGUUUGCUCAUCCGCUUCCCUUCAAUGUGAUCCCGCACAUCGACGCCUUUCAGAGCAACGGCUACACAAAGGAGGAGAUGAAGGUUGUCUGGGAGACCCAGAAGAUUUUCGGCGAGAAAGAUCUGUCCUGCAGCUGCACGGCCGUGCGGAUUCCUACCAAGCGUGCACAUUCUGAGGCCAUCACCAUUGAAACUGAGGAGGAGGUCACCCCCGAGGCUGCGACGGAGUUGCUGAAGGCCGCACCAGGCGUCCAGGUGGUGGACAACCCGGCUGAGAAGCAGCGCCUCGCUCCGCAGUCAAGCCCGCAGUCUCGCAGUAGCCAAGAGGCUUUAGGUUGGCUCAAGGUUCAGAGUGUCUCGGUUCGGGAGGCGGGGCACGUUGACACCGAGGUUCACAGCUCGCAGCAGCUACUUCAAGAUGUGGAGGCUGUCAGUAGUGGUUGGUAA